AUGUUAGAUCGGCUGGUAAACGAAGGGGUGUUAUCACCGGUAACAUCGGCCGAAUGGGCCACACCCGUGGUGCCCGUAGUCAAGAAAGAUGGACAGGUGCGAUUAUGCGGCGACUUCCGGCUUACGGUGAACGCAGCCACCAUAAUGGAGCAAUAUCCGCUGCCGCGGGUUGACAAUAUCUUUGCGAACCUCAACGGCGGAGAAGUUUUCAGCACAUUGGACUUGAGAAACGCCUAUAAUCAGCUGCCCCUUGAUGAGGACUCGAAGAGGCUAGUCGUUUUUAACACGCACAAGGGUCUCUACUGUUUCAACAGGCUGCCGUUCGGAGUGUCGUCAGCGCCAGCAAUCUUCCAGCGGCGCUUAGAGGCCGUGCUCAGCAGGAUCCCCGGCGUGCAGGUAUAUCUGGACGACAUAAUUGUAUCGGAAAAGGCAAACGACUGCAGGAUCCUGGAGCAAGUGCUACAGCGGCUGAGGGAACACGGCCUGCGCCUACGACGGGAGAAAUGCAAGUUCAGGCAAGAGCAAGUCACCUUUCUCGGACACUGCAUCGACAGACACGGCCUACGCCCCAAAAGCGACAACAUCACGGCACUGCUCGACGCCCCCCAGCCCACUUCGGUAAGAGAACUGAAAGCUUUUUUAGGUCUGUUAAAUUACUACGGCAAGUUUUUGUCCAGUGUGUCGACCUUACUAGCACCCUUAUACGCAUUGUUGGCAAAGGGCGUAAAAUGGGUCUGGGGCAGACAACAGCAGAAUGCUUUCGAGGCAGCUAAACAAGCAGUGAAGAAUGCAAAACUUUUGGUGCAUUUUGACCCAAGCAAGUCCAUUCGCCUAGAGUGUGACGCGUCAGCAGUAGGCCUGGGAGCAGUGUUGUCGCAUCGAGUCGGAGGAAUUGACUACCCUAUCGCAUUCAGGUUACGAACAUUAGGAAAGGCCGAGAAAAAUUAUUCUCAGUUGGAAAAGGAGGCCCUCGCCCUCGUAUUUGGCGUGACCAGGUUCAGAGACUAUCUGUAUGGCACCCACUUCGAACUAGUAACCGACUACAAACCGUUAACCGGACUGUUCAGUCCAGACAAGGGAAUUCCGCCGAUGGCCGCUGCCCGCAUUCAGCGUUGGGCCCUGCUGUUGGGUGGAUAUCGGUACAGCCUAACCUAUCGUAAAGGAUCUGAAAACGUAAACGCAGAUGCCUUCAGCCGACUCCCUAUUCCGCGGGAGCAGCUCGAUAACGUAAAAGACGACGCUCCCGAGUAUGUAUUAUACGCUGAAGCUGUGAACGCGGCACCCAUCAGUGCCAAAGAGUUGGCGGUUCUAACCAUCCGUGAUGCUAUGUUACAGCAGGUGCAAAAGUGGAUCCUGCAGGGCUGGCCACAGUACCUGACAGAGUCAGAGGAGCGAUUCCGGCCGUUCUUCCAGAAAAAGGAUGAGCUGACGGUGAAUCAGGACCUCAUUUAUUGGGGACAUAGAAUAGUAGUGCCAUCAGCGGCUGCUGGGAGUCUUUUGAGGCUUUUACAUGAAACACAUCCAGGGAUGGCGGCAAUGAAAAACCUUGCUCGAUACAUUUUUUGGUAUCCAGGGCUGGAUGCCGACAUCGAAAGGAUGGUACGCGAAUGUGAGAGGUGUGCUCAAACGAGUACGAUGCCUCCAGCGCAGGUUCCGGCGCCAUGGCCAGAAACGGGCCGGAAAUGGUCUCGAGUGCACAUCGACUACGCAGGCCCCGUCGAAGGACACAUGCUACUGGUGGUCGUAGAUGCUGAAACAAAGUGGCUGGAGGCCAUAUCGAAGCGGAGUACGACAUCAGAAGCCACCGUGGAAGCGUUGAGGCCCAUAUUUGCCAGGUUCGGACUGCCACAUACACUUGUUUCAGAUAAUGGGCCACAGUUCGUCUCAGCCGAGUUUCAGAAGUUCGUAAGAAUGAACGGGAUCAACCACGUGAUGACGGCGCCUUACCACCCGCAGUCAAAUGGCCUGGCGGAACGCGCGGUUCGCAUGAUCAAGGAAUGCCUUCGAAAAAGCCAAGGGGGUGGCACAUUCAUUAAACGUCUCAGUCAGUUUUUAUGCCGAUACCGACGGACACCGGCAAAGGCUGGGAAGUCUCCGUCCGAACUACUGCUGGGUUAUCAGCUACGGACCAGGCUAGACUGUUGCCUCCCGAGUGCAGGCGGGGAACCGCGUCUUGAAGGGUGCUCCUCCACCAUGCCGUUCUGUGAAGAAGAGCCGGUGUGGCUGAGAAGUUUCCUCAGCCGGCCAAAAUGGUUGCCGGGAGUGGUCACCAGUACCCAAGGGGCUCGGAUGGCGACUGUGUCUACGUCGGACGGCGAGCAACGUCGUCAUGCGAACCAACUGCGGCUGCGCACUCCGAAGGACUCGAACACGACGCAGCCAGGGGGCGCUACAACAUCCACCACCACCGCUAACGAAACCUCGCCGAUGCCAGCCGGCAUGGCUGACCCCACGCCGGCGGUGUCGUCGCCCUCUAGCCAACCUGAGGCACCGCCGCCGCUUCGCCGGUCCAACAGGCUACGGCGACAACCUCAAAGGUUGAACUGGUAA